CGCAGCGAUGGCGGAUGAUAGCGAGAAAGCUAUUAGAAAGGCCAGGAGAGCAGUAGUAAUGUCUUCAGAUCUGGCUUCAAAUUUAAGCCCUUCACAAAGCAGCUUAGCUCAAUCUGCGCAGGCUGCCUUUGCUUUCGAUGGAAAUCCGAGCUACUACAACAGCAUCACAGAUUUAGCCUCACUUUCUGAGAGCAUUAAUGAAUACGAAAGAGAAAAAGACGUACAAUCGCCUGAAGAGACUCACGAAAUUAAUGACUUUAGCCCUCCAGUGCCGGCGUCUUCCAACUCGGACCGUCAGUCGGAAAUCAGUAUAGAGAGUACCACAGAUGAGGAAGACGACAAUUUAUUCGAUUCUUCCACAUUACGUAACGCUUACAACAACUAUAUUGAACAAGGUAGCACGCUCCAGCCUUCACCGAGCAAGGCACUCAGUUCAGUCGACGACGGCACCCACUUGACUGUCAGAGAAACUAACGCGAACCUCGAAGAAGUUAAAGUACCAGAGAAUGUCACACACGUUAUGAUAGGGAAUACCGCAACGCCCGAACUCGCACCAAGUUUCCUGCGCACCCUCUUUAACAACAACUAUGAGAGUCUUUUGGUGCUCGAUAUUCCAGAUUGUGGUAUUACCACACUCGGCGACGAGUUGUCCCAGCUCACAAAGCUCGAGGAGCUGAACGUCUCAAAUAACUUGUUCACGGGAUCAACACUCCCAGCCAUCAUAUCUACACUUGGGAGCAAUCUGCGCCUACUCAAAGCCGACAAUUGUGGUCUUAUUACACUUCCUAGAGAGCUUACUAGAAUGACUGGUUUAAAUACUCUAUCUUUGCGGAAUAACAGAAUGCCAAAUCUUCCAGCUUGGCUUUGUAUGCUGCCUAAUUUGGAGUUGCUUCUAGUCGAUGAUAAUUCAUUUAGCGCGCCUUGGAAACCGAUUAUUUCCCCAAUUCUCUCGAGUACAAUUAGAGAUAAGUCCAGCAAUCCCCCGACACCAAGGAUAGGAUACACCGGUAACGGUCUUCUUACUCCUCAGCAAAGAUCACUCACUACGGAUGCGGGUUCGAUUAGCUCCCGUCCAAAUACUCCAGACACAAUGAGAAGAAUGAAAUCAACGACUGAUUUGUCUAGUAAUACUCCGAAACCACCGGAUAGGCUUACUAGCUUGUACGGUACACCUAAUGAUGUUUCAAAUAAUACUUUAGCGCCCCAAAGCGCAGCCGAUAAUCAGUCAACUUUAAACAGGAAAUGGGGAAUUUUCAAGAAGAUGUCAAUAAAUAGACUUAGGAGUGCUUCAAAUGUUGCUCUUAGAAGCACAUAUUCAAGCCAUCAAAGUAAUCCACCAAGUGCUGUUAUGAAUAGCAGCGCUUCUACAAUUAAUGUCACUAGUCUAAAUCGGCAAUCAUCACCUAACCCUGGCUCAAUUGCUGAAAGUAGCGCAUCAUCCAAGGCUACAAAGAGAAGAUCAUUUUUGCCUUUGAAUAAUGCCAAUGGAUUGGGAUUGAGUACAUCACCAACGACUAAUACAUUUAAUGAAAAUGAGGAAGAUGAAAGCAAACAAAAUGACUGGUUGAACAGCCCAACAGAUGGUCAAGAUAGAAGAGAAGAAGAGUACGCGAGAGGAUUCAGAUUUGUUAUGAAUUACCUCAGAGAUCUGUUCGAUUUGGGUGUUGACGCUGAAGAAGAGAUGGAAUAUGAAAGUGAUCCAUCAUACGUUGCCCUUCCAUUAAAUAGAGACUCAGCGAAGUUUUCAACACUUUCGCAAACAUUGGGUCCGCCAACAAAUACUACUCACUCGAAUAACCCUCAAAAUGCUCCCACACAUGUACAAUUGAUGGGAAGACAGACUACGACAGACUCAUCAAUGAUUUCGAGACAACCGUCUGAGUCAUCAUGGUCACAAUCUAAUAGAACAACAAUGUCUUCUAUUGACGAUAAGUCAAGUCUUUCAAUUAAAGAGAAAGAGCCACCUCUACCAGCCAUUCCAGCAGUUCAUGGGAAGGCUGAUCCAAAACGUCAAUAUCACGUCAUAAGAGAAAUUAUAGAAACAGAACGCACCUAUGUUAAAGGUCUACAAGAAUUGGUUGACAUUUAUGUCAUUCCAUCAGAAUCUGAAAUCUCUCUCGCUGAACGCAAGAGAGUUUACAUGGGUGUUGAAGGAUUACUUGCAUUCCACAAAGAUUCUAUGCUUCCUUCAUUAGAGCAGGCUCUUUAUUCACCAGCUGACGAGAUUGUGGUGAACGUAGCCAAGAUUUUCAUUCGUCAUGCAGCUUUCCUCAAAAUUUACAAUAUAUAUAUUAACGAAUUUGAUUACGCUCAGAACAGAGCUAAGUGGUGGAUGGAGAAGGAUCCUUAUAACUCACCGCUUAGUCCGAAGAGCCCAGGUGUUGGUUCAUUGUCGUCGCCAACAUUGUCUAGUUUGACCGUCAGCAGUGGUCCUAGUGGAAUGAACAUUGCAUUGCCAGCUAGUAAGCAGCCAUACGCUUAUCCACCAUUGAGCACGAAAGAGAGGAAGAAGAUUAGACAAUUUUGCAAAGCUGCGAGGAAGAAUCCACUCCACACGCAGAUGAAUCUCGAAAGCUAUCUUUUAUUGCCAAUUCAGCGUAUACCGCGUUACAGAAUGCUGCUUGAAGAGUGUUUGAAGUACACGACUCACAGACAUCAAGUGGAGCCUCUCAUACAGGCACUCGAUCACAUUGCGAACAUCGCAAUUGACAUGAACGAAUCAAAGCGUGAUGCUGAAGGACGUUUCCGCUUGGUUAAAUGGCAAUCACGUAUCCGUGGAAAAUUCCCAUCACCCCUCGUACAACCACACCGUCGCUUACUUUUAGAUGGUGGAUUGCGUUUGCUGAAGGUAGUUAAGAAGCUCGAGUAUCAAACUGAAGUAGCACCAGUUACGGAGGAUGAAGAAACAAAACAUAUGCAGGUUGUGGCACUCCAUCAAGAUACCGCACCAUCUAGACCAUUAAUUGGUCUCCUGUGCACCGAUCUUAUGGUGCUCUGCAAAGAUCUCUCUAAUGGCAGCGAUCCUGAUUGUCCUGUUGACCUUUACGCUGUGUUGAGGAUACAAAACGCAGCACACCCUGCCGUUGUACAUGGUAGUACUAUCCGUCUUGUUGAUCAUCGUGCUAUCCUUUAUCUCGAUUGUGAAGACGUCUCCACCGCGCUCACAUGGGCUCAGGCAAUCAAUCAGGAUAUGUCAGCAACAUGGUAAACCAACAUACAUUCUAGGCAACACUCUUUAGUUUCUUAUGGAGUUUUUAAACUUGCUAAUUGAACUGUUUUUUGACAUGAAAUUUUUAACAACUUUAUCUUGUAGUUAUACCACAUUCGCUUUCAGUACUGUAUUAAGAUUACUUUUUUACUUUAAAA